UUGUUGUUUUGAAUAUUUAUAGUUCGAUAUUGAAUACGUAUAACAUUUUAUUUUGAAGUUAUUUUUUUCUCCGUGUGUCAAGAACGUGCCUUUUUUUUGUCUUGAUUUUUAACCCCGAUUUUCGAUCGGAAUACAGUUUGUCAAGUGAUAUUGUGAGCAUGGCCGUUCCGAACGACUUGAGUUUGGAAUCUGUUCGUGAUUUCAUGAUUAUGAACGGUGGUAAAGUUACUAAUCAUGACCUAGUGACUCAUUUUAAAUAUUUUCUUACGAAUCCACAAAAUCGAGCUGAAGCUAGACAUCAGUUUAAAGAGAUUGUCAACACUGUCGCUACAGUUAUCCGCGGAGAAGAUGGAGAAAAAUAUUUAAUGCUUAAACGUCGUUUUCGAGUGGCUGGUUGUGUCGGUUUGUCGUUAGAACCAUCUAUGAGUUCAGCUUCUUCACUUACGUCUCUAACCUCAUAUCCCGGUUUAUCUGCUGUCCAUCAUUCAUUAUCACAAGACUCUCUUAUUGAUCCACCUAGAUUUCAACAAAGAUCACCAAUGGUUUCACCAUCAGCUAGACAACCACCACCUUAUAGACCACCACCUUCUCCAAUUGUAUCACCUAACGAUUGUUCACCGACUAAAGAGGCUGCACCUCCUGUGCCUCCUAGACGUAGAAGUUCUGAGAAAAUAAGAUUGAUUGAAUCAAAUGAAAAUGUCAUAAUUAACUUUAAGGACAACUAUAAAGAAAAUGAUCAACCUCAACAGCCUCAGAUAAGUGUGAAAGAUCGUACACAAAAGUUCAACCGGAUAGCAUCUGAAAAUGCUUUACAGUUAGCUAGUCAACAGCCGUCACCAAAUAAAAAAAAAAUUGAUAAGAACGAUAAAGACGAAGACACCAUUUCUAUGACUUCGUUAGAUCCCAAGACCAAAGAAUGGGUAAUCAAGUCGGCUCAGUGUGACUAUCAAGCUUUGGCGAAAAUGGCUUCUGAAAAUCCUCGAAUUGCGAAAUUCAAGGAUCCUAUAACUAGCUAUACUGCGUUGCACUGGGCCUCGAAACACGGUAACAUGGACCUGGUGAAAAUGCUGGCCGGCACGUACGGCGCAAAUGUCAACGCCAAAACGAAUGGAGGUUACACGCCGUGCCACAUAGCCAUGCAGUUCGGACAUGAGGAGAUCUACAAGAUACUGGUUGAGUCUUACGGAGCCGACCCGAACGUGCGGGACUGGAGCGGACGGAAACCCAGGCAGUACCAGACGAACCAGGACGUGACGAGCCUAUCGGCGGACACGUAUCGCAAACUAAACGCCCGAAAACACAAGCACACGGAAAAGGAUCUAGGAUUCCUCAGGAUCGGGUCCCUGAACGUACGCGUUAAACGCACCACGGAGGCGUUCAGCAACUUCCUGGGCGUCGGACAUAACGCAGAGAAGAUUCAUAAGACCUGGGGCUCGGCCGACAACUUACAACAGAAUGACAUCAAAAGGAUGCCCCCUCCGAAGAGCGUUUCAAUUAAAAAGAGGAAAUCCAAACGACCGCAAGACUUUCUAAGAAGAGCAUCGGCACCGGCCGACAGGUCGCCGGAGAAGAGGAAAUCGGCGGACGCCACCACCACCGCCGCAGUCGCAGCUACCACCGGUGACUCAGACUCGGACACGGCCUGCGGUUUCGGGACCAACUGGCAGCCUUCUUAACAACGCCGUCUCUGUACCCGAAAUUUUUUUCAACAGUCGUAUACGAUUUUAUUUAUUUAUUUUUUUUUUCGUAAAAUGUUGUAAUCCAAAUGUACCUAAAACCGAGUAUUAUUGAUCUUCAGUCAUCGUUGCGUAAUCCAACAAAAGAGCUCAUUUGUUCUUUUUCCCGGCAUCUCACCAUUUUUUUUCUACUCAUAUCUAUUAUGUUAGCUUUGUUUUUUUUUUCUUAUUGUAUUUAAUCUAAACACACAUUAUUAGAGGUAAUGUGAUGUAAUAGCCUAACAAUGUGAUGUAACAAACGUGCGCAGUCCACCAUACAUUGAUUAUAAGUUAUUAAUAUGUUUACAAUAAUUUAAUUUACAGUUUAUUUUAAAUGUGACCCAAUGAGUGAUUAAUUCGAGUAAUGACAACAUGCUAGUGAUAUUUAUUGUAUACUUUUUAUUAAUUGUUCAAGUAUUAAGAGCUAUAAAAAUAUAUAAUUAGGCUAUUGUUAUUAAAUGUUAGUACUGGAUUAAUUGAUGAGUAGUCUUAAGAUAAAAAAUGGUAAUAAAUUGGAUUAAUUAUGAACAAUCA